GUCGACCUCAGCAUCCUCUCCUCCGGCGCGCUGCCCGCCGACGCGUUCGUCGCGGGCUGCGCCGGCGGGAUCGUCUGCCUCGGCGACGGCAGCAUCGAGGGCAAAAUCGUCCUCUGGGAUCCGACGAGCUCAGAAACCCACACUCUGCCCUCGAUUCCCCCUCCCCUCGGCGGCCACCUCCGAUUCGUUUCGCCGAUCGGAUUUGGGUUCGACCCGAUAAGGAACGAUUAUAAAGGGCCGUGGUAGACACAAAAGGUCGCGAAUUGGACGCUGUCCUCCAGUCGUCUCUCGGCGGCUGUAGGUGUCACUGGAUUUCGCCGGACUACUGCCGCAAUUUUCUCGGCCUUUUCACCUUCGACAUGAGCAAGGAAGCGUUCGCGGAGCUGCGAUUGUCGAUGCCCGUGCCGG